AAGUCAACAAAUGAUUCAGUUAACCAUUCAGCUUUGAUAUCAAUUUGUGUAACUACCACAUGCCGUACGCUUUAUUAACAACGACAAACUGAAUACAUUUAAAAUAGUUUGGGCUUGUUGAACUAGGAGGAUUAAAUUAACAGAGAUAAUGUGGUGGAUAAAUGUUUUUGUGUUUCUUAUUCUUAUGGCUGUACUAUUCAGAGCUAUCGAGUGGCUUUUGCAAGAGAUUCCGUCUGAAAUAGAAACAAAAAAUAAAGCAGAUUUACCAGUGAAACAAUCAAAAGAACCAGACGCCACCAAACAAGGGACGCUUAUAAAACGAAAAAGAGUGAUGGCGCCAGAGCAUUCAGGAAUAAAUGAACCUGUCAUAUCAGAGACUUCCGAGCUUACAGAUGAGCAGUCAUACAGGGAAUUGACUUUAAUCACGAAAGCAGAAUGUUGCCAAAUAUCAAGCGACUACAUUUCCGAAGAAACUGAAAUAUGUAAAGAUGAAAAAGGUGUUCUGGAAAGUGUUCAAUAUGAGAGAACUUGUCAUGACGAAUCUAAUAGCUGUAUUGACAAUCUUGAAUUUGACAAAUUUCGUUCAUUUGUUGAUGGCAAUCAGCUGAAAAAAGAGAUGGAAACUUCGGGAGUGUUAAAUGGCCUAAAUAAGUACAUAGCCAAUUCGUUUGACACGUGGAAUCAACGUGAAUUAAAUGUUGCUGUGUCGGGUUAUUCUGGUGUUGGAAAAUCCAGUCUCAUCAAUGCCCUAAGGCAUUUAAAACCAACGGAUGAAGGUGCCGCCGCUGUUGAUGUUGUUGAGACAACGAAAAAUGGCUGUAAAUAUACAUAUCCUAAAAAUCCAAAUGUAGCUAUAUGGGAUCUACCUGGCCUAGGUACACAAACAUUCAAAAAAGAUAAAUAUUUGAAAGAAAUGAAUAUCGCGCGUUUUGACGUAGUAUUGAUCGUUUCUGCCGGAAGAUUUUUUGAAAAUGAUAUAUGGCUUGGAAAGGAAUUACGUUCCUUACGAAAAAAUAUCAUCUUUGUCCGAACAAAAAUUGACAUUGAUCUUAUGAACGCUAAACGAGAUCAUCCACGCUCCUUUAAUGAAGGCAAAUGUUUAGCUAAAAUUAAAAAAAACUUAUCAGAUUCAAUUCGUGAAGGAGGACUACCAGCUUUAGUUUCAGGUGUUUUUCUGGUAAGCUCUGCUGAAAGUGAAAAGUACGACUUUAAUGAUUUAGAUAAGAAAUUAAAAGAUAUGCUAAGCACCAAAGGUAAAGCCAUUAGGUGUUUUCUACAAAAUUAUGUUGAGAUAGAAAUUAACAAAAAUAAAGAAAUUAACAAGAAUGGCUUUCGAUUCGAAAAAGCUGUUUCUAUUUUGUUUGGAUUCGUGCCCACACAAGCGCUUACAGAAACACUAUGCCAAAAGUCAUUAUCUAAUAUUAACACUACUUGCCAGCAAAGAUUUUGCAUUGAUGAAAAUUCGCUUGAUAAAACGUCUAAAGAAUUGAUAAAUUCGGAGAAGGGUCUGAAAGGGAAACUCAAAUCCUUCAAGAAAAUCUUUACGCCUGAUCGUUCUUUUAAUUCUUUCCAGAUUACAAAAUUUUCUAUACCAGUUCUUGGUAUGUUUCUCUCAGCACACAACUCAUAUGUAAAAACAAAGAAGAAUAUAGAUACGAUGUGUGAUGAAAUGGCUGAAGACGUAUUGAAAUUAGUAAAUUGUCGUCUAGAAAAACUUGAAAAAGAGUUGCAACCAAAACUAUCCAGCGAAUGAUCUAAAACACAAGGUGCUGACCGCUGCUUCUAAUCAAUUUAUAAAACAAAAAUGGAACUUAAAAGGAAAUAACGCUGUUUGUAAACUGUCUUAAUGUAGAAGACCUGCACCCCGUUCAAUGUUUUAGGUAGAAGAUCAUUUUAUCAGACCCGACAAGUCACUCUGUCACGUGUUCACAGUUAUGCAGAGAGUACAAAUUUAAAUCACU